GCCAAUGUUACGAUUCUAAUGAGUGGUGAUCUAGACGACAGCGCCCCUCGCGUCCUGCGCGAUCCCAAACGCAAGGUCUUCCAGACCGGGGGCGUGGAUUCUUUCCUGCUGGCAAGCCCCGCCCCUUUAGGUAACCUGAAUCACAUCCGGGUCUGGCACGACAAUCGUGGGAAACAGCCCUCCUGGUAUCUGGCACGGAUCAUGGUCAAGGACCUGCGCCUAGACCGGACGUUUUACUUCAUGGCCGACCGGUGGCUGGCGGUGGAGGAAGACGACGGCAUGAUCGAGCGUGUCAUUCCAGUCGCUGGUAAGAGUGAGUUGACCAGCUUCGGCCACCUCUUCUACACUAAGACCCGACGCAACCUGAGCGACUCGCAUCUCUGGUUCUCCAUCUUUACCAGGCCGGUCAAGAGCAAGUUCACCAGGGUCCAGCGUGCCACGUGCUGCCUCUCCUUGCUCUUUUGCACCAUGAUGGCCAAUAUCUUCUUCUAUGGCGUGGACUUUGCAGACGUCUCCGGCACUCAGUUGGUGUACACCAUUGGACCAAUCAGCUUCACCUUUGGCCAGGUCGUCAUCGGGGUCAUCAGCAGCCUCAUGGUCCUGCCAAUCAACCUCAUUGUGGUUCAGCUCUUCAGGUUGUCCAGACCUAUCCCAUCAUGCACUAGUACCAGGAAGAAUCAGGCAAAAGUGGAUAAAUUCCGAAGAACGUCCUUUGAUAGCGAGCAGUCCAGUGCCACUAACGACCUAGAAAAUGAACUGGCUCGCAUGGAUGCCCAGGAGUCCAGCCGCAGCAUUCCCAGCAUCUCCCUCAAUGUGUACAGCCAGACAAGCCUGCAAUCGCAACCAAAGGCAGACCUCCUCGCUGAUCCCACUUCUGACACCGAAUCACCCCGGGAUGGCCAAACCUUCCGGCCAGUCCUGGGAUUCAAGAAAACCAGGCGGGUCAGGAAGGGUCUGGAGCUGCCCUGGCCACUCUGCUGCCUGGCCUGGCUGCUGGUGGUGGCCUCGGUUGCCGUGGCGUUCUGGUUGACCAUUGAGGUUGCCGGUCAGUUUGGCCGGACUAAAGCCACCGAGUGGCUGACCUCCAUGUGCUUCUCGUUGAUCCAGGACAUAUUCUUCACCCAGCCUUUCAAGGUGCUGCUUCUGGCCCUCUUUUUCUCUCUGGUUAUCCGCGACCCCGAGAAGGAGGAGAACAGCAACCUAGUGAUGGCGCCGCAUCUCCAAGAUGACGAGGAGUGGCUUCACGAUCGCAUGACGAUGGAAGAGCUGCAAGACCCGGCCAAGAAGGCUGAACUGAGGCAAAUUAAGGACCAGGCUUCGGCUAAGAACCUGGCUCCAUUGCACCCUGAGGAGCUGGCUGAAGCAAGAGACAUCAGAUUCAAAGAAAUAAAGAUGCACAAGAUAAUCCGGGAGAUUAUCUUUUAUCUCAUCUUCCUCAACGUCACCAUGCUCAUCUGCUUCGGAGACCGGGACCCUAACGUCUACUACGUCAACAAAUCUAUGACGGACAUGUUCGUCAAGGCUUCGUACAACGGCCGCUUACUGUUCACUAAGAUUCGUGGACGUGAUCAUUUCUGGAACUACACGGAGAAUGUUUUCCUUCCUUCCUUGUAUUCGUACAACUGGUACAAUGGUGACCCGGAUGAAAUUGGUCGCAGGGAGAAUUUCCUGGCCGAUAAUAACAUGCAUCUUAUUGGGAGGGUCAGAUUCCGACAGCUUCGAAUCCAGAAAGAUGCAUGCGCAACUCCUGAUGUGAUGCAGACCACGAUGAAAUCGCACGACUGCCGAGCACCCUAUAGUAUCAGUAACGAAGAUGCUACUAGCUAUGACAUCGGUUGGAAACCUCUCAAUGCAUCAGCUCUGCCAAACUAUGCCGACCGGUACGAAGCCUCAUGGAAGUACAACCACUGGUACGACGUUUCCUCGUUCCCGUACAACGGAAAGCACGCCUUCUAUAACGGUGGCGGCUACAUCAUCGAACUCGGCGACAGCUUGGCGGAAAACCUACAGAUCGUGGCCGACCUCCAGCGAGAUAUGUGGGUCGAUCAACACACGAGGGCGGUCUUCAUGGAGUUUGUGGUGUACAAUGUGAACAUCAACAUGUACGCAACAUCGUUUCUGCUGGUGGAGUUUCUACCCCAAGGAGGGGCUUUGCCCUUCCCCUACUUUUGGACCAUCCGACUCGACCGCUACAUCGGUGCCUUUGCCUACUUCGUGGUCGCCGGCCAGAUCAUCUACACGCUCUUCAUAGUCUUCUUCCUGUUCCGGGAGAUCAAAAACAUCUUCCGGGAGAAGCGGGCAUAUUUCGACAGCGUCUGGAACCUGUGCGAGGUCUGUAUUAUUGGGUUAGCGGUGGCAAGUAUCGUCUUCUAUCUCUACCGGAUGUUCGUUGGUUGGGACCUGAUGGAGCAAUGGCGGACGCAACCCAAGACGUUCCUGAACUUUCACUUUGUGGCCUACUGGGACCAGUUGUACGGCUACAUCUCAGGUUUCGUCCUCUUCCUGGUCAACGUCAAGUUCAUCCGUCUCCUUCGCUUCAACCGUCGCCUCCUUCUCUUCUCCAUGACGCUGCGACAAUGUGCCAAGGACCUGGCCUACUACUCAGUGGUCUUCGGCAUCGUCUUUGGCGCCUACGCCCUCUUUGCCUACGCCAUUUUCCACCUUCACUUGGAAGACUUCAGUACCUUUGUUGGGACACUUGAGACGCUGUUCUCAACAAUGUUGGGUAAAUUUGAUUUUCAAGACAUGAUAUCCGUGCACAGUUUCCUGGGUCCCGCCUUCUUCUUCACCUACGUGGUCAUCAUUGUCUUCAUCAUGAUCAACAUGUUUCUGUCUAUUAUCAUGGAGACAUUCGGGAAGGUGCGACACGACAAUGAAGCCAUAGAGAAUGAGCUGGAGAUUGUGGAAUUCAUGAUGCAGCGAUUCAAGCGAUGGAGCGGCUACUCUGAACGUCGACUCAUUAAACCGGUCCAGAAGGAGGAAUACAUUGAAGGCAUUGAUCCUAAAGAUGCAGAGAUGAGGUUGCUAAGGAACAAACUGACCACCAUGGUGGAUCGACUGAAUCUGUUCAUCCGAGCCGAGCGGGGAACACAGAAAUCCGACAGGCGGAUAUACCUCAGCAGCUAGAACAAAACUCCCAACCAAAACAUUGCCACCUUAGUUUGACCCUUACCUUACUCCCAGAUACAGUUUUACAGAAGGAAGCUUUCUAAAUUCUUCAAAAAAAGAGUAGCUUUUCUUAAACAUAAUAAUGCCUCACUCUUGAAAAUGGUAAAACCUCGAAAUUAUACUUUAACUUAAGCCUUGUAUUUAGUAACAGGGUUCGUGCUGCGCUUAAUACCUGCAGAUUUGUAAAAGAAUUUGUGUAGAAUAUUUUCUUAAUAUGUAUUGCAGUGAUCCGAAUGCACAUUGACAUAAACAUAAUGUGCGAUACUAAAUUAGAUAUAAUUGAGAGUUGAUAGACCCCUUGUAUCUGAAGUCACAUCUGAUGGCAGGUCUUUGUUCUCCUGUGAUACGCAUGAGCAGAUGAAUUGUAUUUCAUUACCACUCAAUUUAAAUGACGGGUCAUUUUCAGUUGAGGUAGAAAAGUGGUUUAAUCACUGGCCAUAGUAUGGCUAUUAGAAGUUCCUCUGCACCCCUUUACCUCCCCAACAAAGACAAUAGACCUUUAUCAUGCUGCCACCA